UUUCCCUCAUAAGCUUAGUUUUCCUUUUGAAAGCUGGGAGAGCUCAUGCCAUUUAUUGACAGCAGGCAACUUCUGCAAAAAAGAUAGAAAAGAACAUGAAUCAGACAAGACCCUACUCUGUUCACUAAUGAUGGAAACUGCACUUCUUAAAAAUAAACAGCGCAUGCUUGAUCAACUAGAAAGCCCUAGUAUCUUGCGCUUACGGGAACCUCGAAAUCUUUUUUCUCUUCCUAGAGGUAGAAAUUCAAAAUUGACCCCACUCUGGCCAAUCGAGUGUGAAGUAAUUGAGGAUCAUAUCUAUCACACUGAAUGGGUUCCUCCUGAACCGGAACCUUUUUAUCAGCCAACUGGAAAUGAAUUUGCACCAGAAAUAGUUGGAGAGAGUUCUGGAACCAUUGUCUAUUACAUAGAACCAGGUAUUGCAACCACAGGUACCUAUUUUAUCGUUUCAAGAGUUGGAGGGUCAAGGCAACCUAUCAAGUCAGCUGCUGUCAGCUUAAAAGAUCCAGAAGAUACCGUACUGUUAUUUGAAUCACGCUUUGAAAGUGGGAAUCUCCAGAAAGCAGUCAGGGUAGGCGAAUAUGAAUAUGAACUCACUUUGAGGACGGAUCUUUAUACCAGCAAACACACCCAGUGGUACUACUUCAGAGUACAAAAUACUAGAAAGGAUGUCACGUACCGCUUCACAAUUGUUAAUCUAAUGAAAGCCAAAAGCCUCUACAAUAUGGGGAUGAAGCCUCUUAUGUAUUCUCAGAAGGAUGCUGAGUCUCAGGGUAUUGGAUGGAGGCGGAUGGGUAAUGAUAUCAAGUAUUAUAAAUACAACACAGAAGAAGGCCAAACCCUCUAUUGCCUCACAUGGACAGUGUGUUUUCCUAACAGCUAUGACACAUGUUAUUUUGCUCAAUUCUAUCCUUAUACCUAUUCGGACCUACAAAAUUAUCUUUUGACUUUGGUAGCUAAUCCACUCUAUUCUCAGUAUUGCAAGCUCCGCCCUCUGUGCAGCAGUCUAGCUGGAAACAUAGUAUACCUUCUCACUAUUACCAAUCCAUCCAAAGGUGCCAUUGCUGCAGCAGCAAAAAAGGCUAUUAUACUGAGUGCCAGAGUCCAUCCUGGGGAAACAAAUAGUUCAUGGGUGAUGAGAGGUUUUUUAGAUUUUAUCGUGAGUGAUGCUCCUGAUGCUCAUCUCCUUCGAGAUCUCUUCAUAUUCAAAGUUGUGCCCAUGCUGAACCCAGAUGGAGUUAUUGUAGGGAACUAUCGCUGUUCGUUGGCAGGAAGAGACUUGAACAGAAACUAUAGGACAGAACUAAAGGAAUCCUUCCCCUGCAUUUGGUAUACUCGGGCCAUGAUCAAGAAAGUACUUGAGGAACGUGAAGUUCUGCUCUAUUGCGAUAUCCAUGGGCAUAGUCGAAAGAACAAUAUCUUCAUGUAUGGCUGUAACAACAAAUAUGCACAAAAUCAGUUACUUCAUGAGCGAAUCUUUCCUCUUAUGAUGAGCAAGAAUAUUCCUGAUAAGUUUUGUUUCAACAGCUGUAAAUUUCAAGUUCAGAAGUGUAAAGAAGGAACUGGACGAGUUGUGAUGUGGAGAAUGGGAAUAUUAAACAGUUAUACUAUGGAAUCCACAUUUAGUGGAUCAACACUUGGUGCUAAAAGUAACUGUCAUUUUACUUUUGAGGAUCUCAAAUCUCUAGGUUAUCAUGUCUGUGAUACUUUAUUGGACUUUUGUGAUCCAGACCGCUCCAAGUUUCAGCAAUGCUUGCUAGAGCUUAAGGAAUUACUGAAACAAAAAAUCCAGAUUAAGCUCUCAGAGUUGGGUAAAAACAUGGAAACCACUUGGAGUGACAUCUCUCUAUCUGAUGUUGAAUCCAGCACGAGUGGGUCUGACAGUUCCCAAUCAGAUGGCCCUCCUGCACAUUUGCUCAAGAUGGUAGAAAAGGACUGUAAUGAGAAGAAGAAAAAGAAGAAGAAGAAACUUCUGCGAACCAGGAAAGAAAGAAAUGAUUUGCAUCAGAAAUUUGCUGUGAACCAUCCAUUAAAGCACAAGGAAAAAGUUCUGGGAGAAAACUCAAAUAACUGUCAAAAGUGUCAAGAGAUUCCUAAAGGAAAACAGAUUGUUCCCUUGACUGAAUGUGAGUUCAGGAUCAAGAAUCCCAGUCCCCUCCUGAUAUCCACGAUUCCUCUAUCACCAAUACAGAAAAACAGCUUCACCACAUCAACCAUCAAACAGCUUCCUGCUCCAUUUUAUGUGCAUUCCAAUGGAGAAUCUAAUGGGAAACAGGAUGCAGGUACCUCUCUUCCAUCAUCCUGCCCUGGAGUCAAACGGUACAGGUCCUUGUGGUGGAACCCUGAAGUACCUUCUGUGACUUCAAUGCUACGUCGAAGUCUCUCUUUGAAAUCUCAGAUUGUAUUAGGCAAUAGACCUAGGUGGCACUUGAGUCAAAGCAGAUCACAGGUUCUUCCUCAUCGAGAAUUCAUAUGGAAGCCUUUCCAAAUUGACCCCAUACUUCUCAGGACAGAGAAUGAAUACUGUGCCAAUACCAAGGGACUACAUAAAGUAAUCGGUCAAAAAUACUCAUCACAUGAUAGCAGAGAAACUAGUCCAAGCAUUAAGUUUGUGUAUCAGGAACCAUUAAACCAUGAAUUUUUUAAUAAGCUACACUGA